AUGUCGACAAACGAUGCCAACUUUAUGCUGUUUCCAAACAUUAGCGACUGCUCCUACGUUUCAUGUUACUGCGAGGAAAACGUGUGGAAGCUGUGUGAGCAGGUCAAGAAAACACACCCGUCUGAGCUGACGAAAUGCUAUGCCGUGUUUGUGUCGAAUGAACGACGAACCGUGCCGCUAUGGCGGCAAAAAGCAGGCCGCGGCGACGAGAAGCUGGUGAUAUGGGACUACCAUGUGUUUUUCAUGCACAAUCCGUCACCCAAUCGAUGUCUGGUGUUCGAUCUCGACACGACCCUACCGUUCCCGACCUACUUUCAUAAAUACGUUACCGAAACGUUCCGGUCGGAUUAUGCCUUAACACCGGAACAUCACAGGUUCUUCCGAGUGAUACCGGCAGAGAAGUAUCUGACCGAGUUUUCGUCCGACCGACGCCAUAUGCGUAGACCGGAUGGGUCCUGGAUAAAGCCACCACCCUCCUACUCGCCCAUCCAGACUAACGGUAAUUCACAUAGUUUGGACGAUUUUAUAUGCAUGAAACCAGGUAAAGGACCAGGCGCAGUUCACGAUCUACUUCACUUUGUACAGCAGUUUUACAAACCGCCGGAUCGGAACGUUGGAACUAAAACGCAAAAUUAA